AUGGACUGGCCGCAGCUCCUGGAGGCCCUGGAAAGGGAGCCUGCCGGGUGGGAAGACGAAGGGGACGAUCGCCCCCAGCCGGGGGAUCCCGGAGGCGCCGGCCUGCGCGCCGACCCCGCGCCAGAGGCCGCCAUUGAGGGCGCGGAGCGCAGGCUGGGCACGACCCUGCCGCAGAGCUACAGGCAGUUCCUGCUGCACAGCAACGGCUUCAGCUGCUUCGCCCACGGCCACCACGUGCUGCCCGUCCAGGAGGUCAAGUGGUUCUCCGAGGAGAACCAGGAGUGGAUCGACGACUUCCAGGGGGAGGGGGGCGGGGAGGACGUGGCUGACGAGCAGUACUUCGUGUACGGUGACGACCAGGACCCCGGGCACGUGAGGGUGGAGUACCUGCCGCACUGCCUGCAAAUCAGCGAGGAGUACGACGACAGCGUGAUCCUGCUGAACCCCAAGGUGAAGGACGCCAAGGGCGAGUGGGAGGCCUGGUUCUUCGCCAGCUGGCUUCCCGGCGCCCACCGGUACCGAUCCUUUCGCGAGCUCGUUGAGGAGGAGGCCAGGACGCGCCAAGAAUGA